AUGCCUUCACUUCCCGAGGCCGUCGUCGACUCCGUCUCCAAGCUCGGCCUCAACGGCUCGUCGGAACACACCAACGGCACCUUCAAUGGCGACGUCAAGGUCCGCACCAUCUGCUGCGUCGGCGCCGGUUAUGUCGGUGGCCCGACUGCCGCCGUCAUUGCCUUCCAGAACCCGCACAUCAAGGUGACGGUCGUCGAUAGAGACACAACCCGCAUCCGUCGCUGGAACUCGCGCCACCCUCCCAUCUACGAGCCCGGCCUCCACGACAUCGUGCGCAUUGCCCGCGAUGGCAGCCGCGAGACGUCCUUCUCCAACGGGCCCACCUCCGACGGCGAGGGCUCAUCGUCCGACGAAGGCGAGACCGUCGUCCCGUCCCGCCCCGGCAACCUCUUCUUCACCACCGAUGUCGCCAAGAGCAUCGCCGAGGCCGACGUCGUCCUCGUCGCCGUCAACACCCCCACCAAGGAGCGUGGUGUCGGCGCUGGCAGCGCCACCGACAUGACCGCCUUCGAGGCCGUCACGGGCGUCGUUGCUCAGUACGCGCGCGAGGGUGCCAUCAUCGUCGAGAAGAGCACCGUCCCCUGCCGGACGGCCCAGCUCGUCGCCGAUACUCUCUCCAUGCACAGACCCGGCGUCCACUUCGAGAUCCUGUCCAACCCCGAGUUCCUGGCUGCCGGCACGGCCGUCAACGACCUGCUAUACCCCGACCGCAUCCUCAUCGGCUCUGCGCCUACACCGUCAGGCAAGAAGGCCGCCGAGGCGCUGGUCGGCGUCUACGCCGCGUGGGUUCCGCGCGAGCGCAUCCUGACCACCAACGUUUGGUCCUCUGAGCUCGCCAAGCUCGUCGCCAACUCGAUGUUGGCGCAGCGCAUCUCCAGCAUCAACUCCAUCUCGGCCGUUUGCGAGCAGACUGGCGCCGACGUGGACGAGGUGGCCAAAGCAAUCGGUGUCGACCCGCGAAUCGGCAACAAGUUCCUCAUGGCCGGUAUCGGCUUCGGCGGCAGCUGCUUCAAGAAGGAUGUCUUGAACUUGGUCUACCUGGCCGACACCAUGGGCCUGCCCGAGGUGGGCGAGUACUGGCGGCAGGUCGUCAAGAUGAACGAGUACGCGCGUGACCGCUUCACCAACCGCGUCAUCAAGUGCCUCAACAACACCCUGGUCGGCAAGAAGAUCACGAUCCUCGGCUAUGCCUUCAAGAAGAACACGUCAGACACGCGCGAGGCGCCCGCUCUGGAGAUGAUCAAGACGCUGCUGGAGGAGCGACCCAGGGAGGUGGCCGUGUUCGACCCGUGCUGCAACCCGCUGGUCGUCAAGAAUGAGAUCCUGGCCCUGCUCGGCGCCGAGGUCAGCCAACGCGUCCACGUCUACAGCAACGCGUUCGACGCCUGCGAGGGCAGCACGGCCGUCGUCAUCGCCACCGAGUUUGACGAGUUCCGGAACCAGCCCGCUCCCAAGCCUGCGCCCGCGCCGGUCCCGGAGGCGGCACCCAAGAUGAUUGGGCGCAAGCCGAACCCCAAGUCGGACCCGCGGCCGUUCACGGCCUCGACGCCGACGGAGAACGAGCUGCUGGCCCUGCACAAGCAUCUGGUGCAGCGUGCGACAGAGACGUCGCCCGACCCACUGGACAGGUUCAACGUCGAGCCCAGCUGCGAGGCAGACUGCCCCGACUGCAUCACGGAGCGCGAGAGCGAGAAGACGGGCGACGCUACGGGCAUGGGCAGCGCGGAGGAGUACAAGCCCAAGGAGCGCAUCGACUGGGUGCGCAUUGCCAGCUCCAUGGCCAAGCCGCGGUGGGUGUUUGACGGCCGGGGCGUCAUCGACUCGCGCGAGAUGGUCAAGCUCGGCGUACGGGUCGAGAGCGUCGGUCGCCAGCACCGCUUCUGA